AUGUUCAUUUCACACACCGAGGAUUACCCCCACUGUAGUGGUGGAUACGGCAACGUCUGGAAGUGCAAAAUGGACCAUUCCUUAUCCCAUAACAGUAUUGAAAUACCCCCGCGAUACGUUGCAGUCAAGUCUUUCAAGGCAUUACCGAUGGAUGAAAAGGACAAGAAAAAAUUUAUCACAAAACUGCAUCAGGAAGUCUUUGUUUGGCAAGGGCUGAAUGACAUACAUAUAGUGCCUCUGUAUGGCCUCUUUCAAGUUGUUUCAGGUCUGCAGUAUCUGCAUUCUGGAGAAAUUGUGCACGGAGACCUCAUGCCUCCUAAUGUCCUGAUCGAUGAGAACGGCAAUGCUCUCCUUGCAGACUUUGGCCUGUCAUGCCUGCUGGCAGAACACAAUACAUCUUUCUUCACAUCUCACAGACCAGGUGCAGCUCGUUGGACUGCUCCUGAAAUUCUAUCGCUUGAUCCUAAAAGGGCCGACAAAGUUGCUCCCAAGCCAACUACAGCGAGCAACAUCUACUCAUUUGGCUGCAUUAUGAUGCAGGUGCUAUCCGGCCAGCGCCCAUACUUCAACAUGGAGUUGGAGACUCCUAUUAUUGUGGCCAAAUAUCAAGGCAAUCUGUCAAAAUGA